CCAUCACUUUUCAUAAAAUUUUUUUAUGAGCAGAGCAAAAUUUAGCAUUUCUAUUAAAUUCUUUUAAAAUAGCUACUUUUUUUUUAAUUUUUUAUCGAUUUGACGAAAAGAAAAUUGCAAUUAACGUACCACAACACAAUGUCUGAAUUUCAAGCCCCCCACAGAGCGUGUGAACUUCUUGUUCGACAUCAUUGUAACACGGCUUCAGUUCUUUAAGGACGAUAUUGCCGAUCCAAAAGAUCUGCUCGUGAAUGCCAAAUUCAAUCGAGUGGCCAUCAACAUCACACAAAGUCGCAUCAAUGUGUCCGAGUUUAAAGCUGGAAGGCGCACCGAAAUCACAGAAACUCCGGAUGGUCUGCGUAAAACUCUCGAGGCAACGGGCAUGCCUAUUGUGGCACGCUACAGAGGUGCAACAUUGGGAACGACAGUUUUUACAUUUCCACAGCACUUUAUUGAUCGCAUAGAGAUUGGCAUGAGCGACUUGAUGCAUGCGGACACUUGCUCUCUGAUUCGACGGGAACAGGAAAUUGGCAUUGUGGAGCUGCUCUGCGUGUUGACCAUCAAAUGUGAAGAGCCUCAGUUGGAUGUGUUUGAUGAGAAGAGCAAAUGUCGCAACCUGGGCAAAAACAUUAAUCCAGCGGAUGUCAUGUUCUUAUUCGGUGAACCGCAGCCUUGUGCCAAGCCGGAAGGACCCUGCUACGACGAACUGGAGCCAGAAGAGGGCGAUGAGCGCCUUCGACUGGAUCUAGAGCGUUACAGGGAACUCAAUCAGCGAGUCUAUGUACCACCAGAGGAUAUUUGUGGCGUGGAUGCGUGCUGUGAUCUCAAGAAUAUGACGGAACAAUAUGGACAUGUCAUCGACUCGCUCAUCAGACAAAUGAACACGUUAAACUCACCGAUGCCCAACGAUCAGUGUCUCUUCACCGACUGGAGCGGGAAGGCAGCGGGCUUCAGACCCAUGAAUGUGAAUCGCACAAUUCCCAUUCCCGUUGGCGACUGGCCGGAUAAGAGCAUAAAGCCUAUACGCUUUUGUCCCGUCUGCCUGACGGCAAUGUCUUGGCUACCCAAAUACGCGCCGUGUCCAAAGUGCUGCACCAAACCGAUGCCGCAGUUCGACGAGAAACCCGAGGAGCCACCGACUGCCGAUCAAAUAGUCCAAGAGUAUCUGAAAUUGCCACCUAAGCGAGUAGAUCCUUGCUUAGAUCCCUGUCGAAUGGAUGACGAUAAUGAGCAGGAAGUUGUGAAUGAAAAUGAAACAGAUGUAAGAAAACGUUCUGUUGUAAAACUGGGAAAGGAACUAAACAAAAAUGGAGCCGCAGAUUAUUGUAGAAAUCGUUGCCGCUGCACCUGCAAAGCGGGCAAAAUGUGCGUUCAUUGUCGGAUUCGGAAACUGUGUGCCGACAUCUUCAAGCAGAAGGACGCCGAGUAUAAAGAUUGUCGCGUGCUCGAGCCCAAUUCCAACGAUGACUUCUGCGUUGUUGUCGAGGAGGAUGAGACACAAUGUCGUCCGUAUUUGGAGCGUGUGUUCGCCGAGCUGCGUGAUCUGUACCACAAAAGAGAUGCUGCACAACAAAAGUUAGAUGCACGUUGCACGCAAUCUCUUUUUGGACGCAAGCGUAGCGAAUACAUGACUUCAGCCGCACACAAAUCCUCAUCGUCAGGCACUACCUUAAAGGCAGUUGGUAGUCCCACAUUUCUACAUCGCGCUCCGCAGCCAAAGAUCGGACACAAAAGCUGCCUCAAGGAACCCGGCAAAAUCUCACGACGUCACGGUUGGUCAUGGCCAUCCAGCAAACAGGCUCGCAAAUACGGCUGGAGACCUGGAGCCAUUUGCCGCUAUGCCGGCGCCAUUAUGAAGUUCUUUCUGCAAUACUCGCCGGAUCAGAAUGCGUUCAAUACUUGUCGGCGUGCUGAGGAACAACAGCAGGAGAAGGAACGUCGUAAGCCCAUUCUAAACAUCUGCAAGCGAAAUGGCGCCAUCUUCAUCACAUUGCGAGCAGUGAACUCCGCCAACAUUGAUAUGAAGCCUAUUAUCUUUAAAAUAGUCAAGAGCGAUUUGGCCCGGGCAAUGCGCAUGCUCAAGCGCAAGCUCAAGGCCAAAGGCUACCGCAAGUGCACCUGCCAUCGACCUCUGAUGAUGUGCGUCUGCCGCAAGAAUAUCGAAAAGAAGGAGCUCGAAUGUGAGCUGCGAAAGGAGUGCAAACGUCUUGGCAUGGAGAGCUGCGUCGAUAAAAUAACCCUCUCAGAUACCAGCGACAGCGAGAUGGAGUACAACCUGGAUGUCUCUCCGCCCGUAGCUCUUGCCAAGCCAAACCUCUUGCCAAUCAAACCGAAGACAUUGAACAUUAGCACCCAGACGGCAGCUGGUGAUGAGCAGGUGACGCCAAAGUAUCCCGUCAAACUGGAUCCUUACUGGCGUUCCUACGACUGUGCUGCCGGAGAUCGCUAUACGGGCACAGCGUUUGGUUCUCCUGGUGAGCAUGUCUUUGAGGAUGGCGUCUUUGGCUUCCGAGGUGGCGGUCCUCACGGCCAGCCAGCUGCUCCAGGCGGCAGACUCAAGCCAAAGACUGUCUGGGGCUCAAAGCCUGGCGGCCCAAUGCGAGGUGGUGGACGAGAUGGCACAGGCGGUGGUGGAGGAGGUGGAGGUGGAGGUGGAAGUAGAGGUGGCAGUGGAAAGGGAGGCCACGGUGGCGGUCCUGGCAGUGGCUUCGGAGGCUUUGGUGGCAAAUCAUUCCCGGGUGCCAAAAAGCAGCCAGCAGGCAAAAGUCCUCCUAUUCCGGUGCGUAUGACAGAUCGUCACAACAAAGCGGUGGCAGCAGCUAUCAAAGGCGAAAAGGAUGCGGUUAAGGCUGCGAUUGAAACCAAGAAAAAGGGCAUCAAUCUCAUCAAGUAUCUGGAGAAAAAGGGCGCUUUAAAAAAGCCCUGGAAUCCCAACGAACCCGAACCUGAAGUAAAGACAACAACAAAGACAACUGGUCCAGUUCUGGGCAAAGAUGGACUCACAGAUGCCCAACGUGCUCGGCGCGCUUUGCUCCAAGUUUCCAUCCCACCAUUUGAUCAUUUGCCACGCCUGGGAAAGGGUUUUGAUCCAUGUGCAGCGUGUUACAGUCCAUUCUCCUACAGUUGUAACUAUCCCUGUUACAACUAUUGCUGAAAGAUUGAUUGACGUUUGGAAUAUGCAAAAUUUUAAUAAUUGACAUGAACUAAACUCUUAAGCUUGAAGAGUGAAGCGCACAAAUUUUAAAUAUAAAAUAUUUAUAGGUGUACUACUAAAUAUAUCAAUAUUAUUAAAUUUUAUUUUAUACUUAAA